AUGACUGUUGAACAACAUAUUCCGACUUUUAGUAAAUAUUACAUAGAUAUACAAAACUAUUUCAAUCUAAAAAAUCCUAAUCCACAAGAAUUUGAUUUUGAAAAACAAGUUAAUUCAUCUAAAGGAUCACACUCUAAAUUAUCAACUCUAACUGAGACCCAAUUUUUAGAAUUGAGUACUGAUGUACAUGAUGAAUUACAGAGACGAUCAAACAGUGAUACCGAGCAUGCAGAAUCCCGUUUAAAACCUAUAAAUGUAUUUCAUAAGAAAAGAAAUAUAGCAAGAGAAAAAUUGUCACUGUUAUCUGAAAGUAGAUUUAAUGAUUUAUUAACUGACAUUAUGCAGGAAAUCGAAAGACGUGACUAUUGCAUAAAAGAAAUCUCAAAUGUAAAGGAUGACUCUAAAGAUCAACUUAAUCGUAACCUUAGCCAAGAAUUUACUGAUACAAGUACACCUUUGAAAAAAAUUCCUUCUACCGAUGCAAAUACUACCAAUCAUACAAAUAAAGAAGAUACUAUACAACAAACUGUGAUAGCUCCAAUCAAAGCUUCGAUCAAUUGGUCUUCUGAUGAAGAAGAGGAAGGAGAAAACGAGGAAAAUGAAGAAAUAAGCGAAAAAGAGGAUAGACAUGAAGGAAAAACGGAAGAAAAAGAAAAAUCACUCUCAAUCACUUCAAACUCAAAAAAAGAACUUAAUACAUUAGAUCAAAGGAACAUUGAAGCUGAGAUGAAUUUUAUUAAAGAUCAUCAAUCUAACAAAUUUUCUAAUGACAAUUCUGGAAUCCAAAUAAAGGAAAAAUCUACUAAAUCAACGAAGAUAGAAGUACCUCAAAAUGACAUAAUUGUAUCUGAAACUAUCUCCAUAAAUAAAGACAUGAAAGUUACAGAACCAAUAUUUAAACAACUUGAGAAACAGACCUAUUCAAAAGAUGACGACGAAUUUGACUUUAAUACACCUUCAAAAACCAUGCUAACAAACAACAAAACAACUACAGAAACAUUAGUUAUGAAUGAACUAGAUAAUAGAAACGUUGAUUCAUCAAACACAGAUUCAAUGAAAACAAUUGAAUCAUUAAAAAAUGAGAAUUUAAAAUUAAAACAGGAAUUGGAAUUUUUAAAGAACAAAAAUAAAAAUAAGAACAACAAUUAUACUGACCAGAAAAUCCUCUCGAAUAAACACAAUCUACAAUUUGAUCAAUAUAUUGAUCCAUCCGGCCAUAUUCCAUUAGAUUUAGUGAAAACUUUUCAAAGUUUAACUACUAAUUUAUAUUCUAUUAUAAACGAAUCAGAUCAUCUAACAAAAAAGAAAGAAUUGGGAAAUGAUCUGUUCACCAAGAUAUUCCAAAUAUCUAAAAAUCUUCAAGAAAUAAUGCUAUUGUCAACCAUACCUGAAGCAGAGAAUAAUAUAAUCCUUCUACGGACAGCUUUAUCACAUUUGAUCACAUCUAUUAGGUAUUACUGUUCAUUCAAUGAUUUAUUACCGAAAAUCACUGUAAAUACAACAAUAUCUGAUUUAUGCUUCUCGUUUUGUAAUCUGGUAUCUGUUGUAAAAAUUAAAUAUAUAGAUCCAAAAAAUACUAAAAUUGAUGAUACUGAUUUCCUAUUAAAUCUAAAUGAAGUGACUUUGGUUAAUUCUGUUGAUACAGAAGAAAUCUUAUCACCAAAUUCAUCUUCCAAAGUAAAACCAUUAAGAUUAGCAGAGAAAUUUCAUGCUUUUGACAGUUCCACAAAUUCUAUAGAUAAUAAUAGUAAUAAUUUUAGUAAAGAUCUACUCACAUCAGAAUCAAGUAUAUCGACCACAGCCAGGUCUACGCUAAACAAAGGGCUGUUAUAUGAAAGAAUAGAUAUUAAAUCAGUUGCUUCAUCUCAAGAAAAAAAAAGAAAGUAA